AUGCUUGAUGACGAAGAGAGAAAUAGUUUGCUCGAAACAGUCAUAUUUCGGCCAUUAUAUGUGCGGAAAUGUCUUGGUUGUCCAAAAGCAUCGUCUGCUUACGAUGAUGUGAACGACAGCGUUGACAUGAUAGCAACUGGACGAAGUGAUACUAAAAAUACUUCUUCCUUCUCAUAUAUCUUCCAAAGAUUGAAGGAAUUUUACAUCGAUGAAAAUGUGAAUUUUGAGAAAUGGAUAACGUUGAAGGGUGUGAAAGUGGCAUUUUUUAGUCAAACUAUACUUGAUGCAGUCACAAGGACGAUUUUAGCGAAGACGAAUCAGCGAAAUACGAGUUUUCUUGACAGUAACGUCAGUGGUGAAUUGAGGAAGCGUUUAACGAAAAGCAUUUCUAGCGGCGUUAUUAUGGCUGCCAACAUUGGAUGCAUAAUAAUUUCUAUAACGCAGUUUGCAGUAUGGCGUGAGUAUUUUUCGCUUUGGACUGUCCCGUGUGCUACGACCGUUGUCCCAACUAUAUUCAGUUAUUCUUUGGGUGUGAAGCCGCUACAGGCAAUGAAAGGUGGAAUAAUGUUAGGGGUGUUAUCAUCGCUGGCAGUUCUUAGCAUUUCUCUGUUUUACGAUUUAUCAGUCGAUGAAACAUAUCAAUGCGUUAAGAAGAACAUUGAAAUCAGAUUAAAGGAAGAAAGAGAAAGCGAAUUGUACAGGUUUAUGAAAGAGCAUCAUAUUCGGAGCAAAUGGUUCGGGAAGUGGAUGUUGAAUAGGAGUCGUAUAGAUGAAAAUAUUGAUGAUGGAUCAUCUUGAUAAGCAUAACCACUGAUGGGAUAACAGUGGAAAUUGUGGGGUGUUCUAUAAUUUUAACUGACUUCUUUUUAAUUCUAGAAGCAUAUUCAUAUUUUUCAAAAAGAUAAAUAUGAAUAGUUAUUUGGGACAUUCAAGUAGUUGUGAGAUGCGUAGGUAUUUCAC